UCCUGUGUUGUGUCAAACCAAUUAAAGCGGAGGGAGCUAAAAGUGGACUAUUUUCAGAGGGUCCAAAGCCUUUACGUUGUCUGCAAGAAUCAAUAGUUUCCUGAAAAAGUGAAAGACCGACUGACUGCGACCUGACUUUCCUUCCUUCCCCCACUCACUGCAGUCUGUGUACGACCCUCAGUCACUCUCUGCAACUCACAAGGUCCUCAAAACAGGCAAAAGCAAGCUCACCCACCCACGCAUUCAUUCAUUCAUUCAUUCUAGAGAGAGAGAGAGAGAGAGAGAGAGAGAACGAUUGACUGAAAUUCUACAUCAACACAUUGAGUUGCAUGAUAUUAUCACCCCCUUCCAUGGAUUACGAAAGGAUCCAAAAACCUCAGGUGGGAGGUGGGGGAUUUUCACCAGGGAAGCUGAGGAGUAUGCUACUGGGAGUGGAGAAGAAGAGGAAGGAAAAGGAGGAUUCUGAAUCUGCAUUCACUCUCAGAUCUCAGCCUCCUGACUUUGAUGAUCAAGCUGGGGGUGGUGGUUCUGAUGACUGUAAAGAUGUAGAUGUUGUGAGUGUUCUUCCCAAAUGCUCGACUUCGAAUGCUGCUGACUCAUUAGGCCCGAAGAUGGGUAGUGACCGGCGAUUGAAGGAUAGCGCAUCAGUCAAUUCAAGAAUUAGGAACCAAGAAGACCCUUCAUUAGAUUAUGAUAGUGGGCAUGAUGCAAUGGGUGUGUCCUCAUCCAUGUUUGAGUUUCAGAAGGCAGAGCGUGCCCCACAAAGGGUGCCUCUUGUGCCGUUCUCCAAACCAGCACCGUCCAAAUGGGAUGAUGCUCAGAAAUGGAUAGCAAGCCCAACUUCGAACCGGCCAAAGAUGGGGCAGGCUCAAAUGCAGGGUGGGCAAGGAGUUGGAUCGCGAAAGGCUAGUAGCUUUGGUUAUGGGAGUAAACAAUUGAGCACAAAGGUUGUUGUUGAAGUUCCAGAUCAAAAAGUAGAUAUUUUUGAAGAACCAGAUACGAAGCGAAUUGACACAAAUCAAUCUAAGAUGGAAAGUGGAGGGCAGAAGUAUGUAAGUUGGGAGAAUGAUCCAUACCCCAUUGCCGAUUCAUAUGGCAAAUCAGUGCUCAUGGUUGAGAACUCUGUCGGAGAGUCAGCAAUCAAUCUUAGCCAGCAUGAUUCUUCUACAGCGUUUCAUGGAACAACCACAUUUAUUCCUCCUCCUUCAACCGCAAGAUCUGUCUCAAUGAGAGAUAUGGGUACAGAGAUGACACCUAUUGCUAGCCAGGAACCCUCCAGGACUGGAACUCCCGUGGGGGCAACAACACCGAUUCGCAGUCCUACUAAUUCAAGGCCAUCAACUCCUAGCAGAGCUGCACAAGCUUCACCUCCGAUCAACCAGAAUCCUAACAAGGAGUUGUCUGAGAAGGAGUUACAAAUGAAAACUAGGAGAGAGAUAAUGGUUCUUGGGACACAGUUGGGUAAGAUGAACAUCGCUGCUUGGGCUAGCAAAGAGGAGGAUAAGGGUGCAUCCACGUCACAGAAAACUGCACUGGAAGAACAACCAGGGAAAAGCAUUGUUGAGACACGUGCAGCAGCAUGGGAGGAAGCUGAGAAAGCCAAGUAUAUGGCUAGGUUCAAGCGUGAAGAGAUGAAAAUACAAGCUUGGGAAAAUCAUCAGAAGGCAAAAACAGAAGCUGAGAUGAGGAAAAUAGAGGUAGAGGUCGAAAGGAUAAGAGGACGCGCUCAUGGCAAGCUUAUGAAUAAGUUGGCAGCUGCAAGACAUAAGGCUCAAGAAAAGCGAGCAGCAGCGGAGGCCAGGAGAAACCGGCAAGCAGCGAAAACAGAACAUCAAGCAGAGUACAUUCGCAAAACCGGUCGCAUCCCGUCCUCGUUUUGGUGUUGGGGUUGGUGCUCUUGAUAUCGGAAUCACAAUCUGCAAAUGUAUGUCCAUGUUAAUGUAAAAACCUAAAAACUUUAUCUGGCUUAUCCUAUGAAUGCCGGAAAGUAAAGUACUCAAGUGUAAUUAUCGUCAACAUGGCGAAGGGUAAUGCUGUCACUUUGCUUAAAAUAUUUUGUUUGUUCUUUCCACCUAAAAA